AUCAUAGUUGAUAUUUGAGUCGACUUGCUCUUUGAAUUUUGAGUAUUUUUCAAAUUAGAUGACCAAAGUGAUCGGGGCCAUUUUCCCAAAGUUACAAGGGCGCCGAGCCCUCACACUAUUUUUGAAAAUUUCUCUCUCUAGGGUUUCAAAAUCAUCACGAGAAAAGAAGAUAUAUCACAUCAAAUUCAUCCCACUUUUACCCUCAAUCCAUCACAUUUCAUCAUUUGUAAAUUCUAAUUGCAUCACUCCUUUUUGGUUUAAAUUUUGAUUGUAUUCACUUCGAUCCGAUGUUAUAAUUCGUAUCAGUCGACUCUCCGACGUGAUUAGACCUUGCUUCAUAUCUCAUCAAGAUCAAGCCCUAAUAACUAAUGAACUUCGCCGAUCCAGCAAUGUCGCUUUUGGCCGCUAGCGGCGGCGACACCGUUAAACUCUUCGAUGUCUCGAUGGAUCCUGGCGAUCCUUGUAUUCUCAGCCACACGCCUUCACCCGGUUCUCAAGUUAACUCCGUAAAGUGGAAUCAUACGAAUUUGGUGGUGGCUAGUGCUGGUGAUGAUAAAAGGAUAUCGUUAUGGCGAAAGAAUGGUCAAAGCAUGGGAACUAUUCCUACGGCCGGCAGCGACAGUGUUGACAAUACUGAGGAGUCUAUUUUCACAAUCAACUUCAGUUCCAAAGCAUCUCGUUACAUUUGUUCUGGUGGAAGUGGUCAAACUGUGAGAAUAUGGGAUUUACAGAGAAGAAAGUGUAUAAAGUGGUUAAAAGGUCACACAGACACAAUAACAGAUGUGAAAUACAAUUGCAAAGACGAACAUUUAGCUUCCAUUAGUCUUAGUGGUGAUCUUAUAAUUCACAACCUUGCAUCAGGCGCAAGGGCUACUGAACUCAAGGAUCCUAAUGGACAGGUCUUGAGGGUGCUUGAUUAUUCACGGAUUAGCAGACACCUUUUAGUGACAGCUGGCGAUGAUGGCUCUGUUCAUUUGUGGGAUACAACUGGUCGCAACCCAAAGGUUUCUUGGUUAAAGCAGCAUUCUGCACCAACUGCUGGUGUUAGUUUUUCACCUUCAAAUGACAAGGUGAUUGCUAGUGUGGGACUGGAUAAAAAGCUAUACACUUUUGACUCAGGAUCAAGAAGACCCUCAUUUUGCAUACCCUAUGAAUCCCCUUUUUCUUCAGUGGCAUUUCGUGAUGAUGGACAUACUUUAGCAGCUGGAACAACAACUGGGCAGGUUGUGUUUUAUGAUGUUCGUGCAAAGCCUCAACCUUUUACUGUUCUUCGUGCAUAUGCAAAUUCUGAGGCUGUGACAAGUUUAUGUUGGCAAAGAUCAAAACCAAUAUAUGUAAAUGAGAAAACGUGCACACCAGAUACAGCUUUAAUGGGAGGCACUGUGGAUGAUUCAAUUGUGAUGCCUGACCCUCUUCCAUCAGCAACAACAUCUGCCCAUUUAAUCUCUGCUGCCCGAAUUACCCGGGCAGGAUCCGGACCCUCUCCAGAGUUAGUUACCCCAUCAAUGUCUGAAUCAUCUACAAGUGAAGAAACGCCACUGAGAAGCACAUUAAGGGUUGGUGGAUUAGCAAGAUUACAUGCUCCAAGAAGUUAUAAUUACAAAGAUGACAUGGAGGUUUUUUCUCCACUUGUGGAAGUUCAACCAAUUACUCCCUCUUUUGAUAAGUUAUGGGAAGGAACUAAAAAAGAUUUUGAUAAAAAGACUUCUCUUUUGUUUCCUUCAUCAAAAAGAUUUGUUUCAUCUUCUGAUGUAGGCAGUGAUCCUCACUCCAUUUUUGACUGGAAACCUAGCUCCACUUUAGCACAGGAUGAUAACCAGACUCCAAUCUCUCAGCCACCAUCUUCUUCUCCAAAAAGUGAAGAACCAUCAUCCAUAACACCUCCAGAAGCAUGGGGUGGAGAGAGAUUAUCCGAUAAAUUCAUCCGUCCGCCACGUCAGCAAGUGUCGCUACCUUCACGAUUUGCAGCGAUGACAUCAUCCUCCACAGGAUCUAUGCUGACUGGACUUGAGGAUCUUAGUUCAGGGUUGCCACCGUUAGCUAAUCUUCGUGUGUAUGACAGCUCAUCAACAUCUAAUCAAGAUAGCCCUUUAGCAUCUCUUUCAGUUGGCAUAAAAGGGAGCUUAGAAUCUUCAACUCCAACACGAAGAUUUUCAAGUUAUGCUGAGAGGAUAAGCACCAAUCCAUCUUUUAGUGAUGGGACUUCAACAGCUGUGGGUGCGGGGUCCCCGAAAAUGAUGAAGAAAACAGGAGGUGAAACGAGAGAAGAGCUUUUGAAUAGUUUGACACCUAGGCAUGACAUGUCAUCGGCUGCCAUGGAAUCCAUGAAUGGUGCAUCGGAUACACAAGCACAGAAAACAAAUAGUUCACAACAGGGAUCUUCGUUUUCUCUGCAACUGUUUCAAGGGACUCUUGAUGAAGCUCUUGGUUCUUUUCAGAAAUCCAUUCAUGAAGAUGUUAGAAAUCUUCAUAUUGAAGUUCUAAGACAAUUUCAUAUGCAAGAGAUGCAAAUGUCGAAUGCAAUGAGGGCGAUUUUGGAAAAUCAGGCAGAGCUUAUGAAGGAAAUACAAUUGUUGCGUAAAGAGAAUCAGGAACUUCGGCAGCUUUUUUUCUAG